UUACAAUAUCAACACGUACAUAAAAUCCAAUAGUUUCGAAUUUAUUUUAAGUUAAGAAGGACAAAAAUGGAUGAUAUUCUUAACUUUUUCGAUUUAAAUAAGCCAUUGGUGAGAAAAACCAUCUCUGGUGGAACGACCAGUGGUCGUUUGAAAUUCGAUCAACCGAGUACAUCAUGUACAUCCAGUAAUAAAAGAGAUGAUUUAGCAACAGAACAAUAUGCAGAAAAGCAUGUCGCAGAAAAUAUGCAACAAAUGAUGAAUCGAUUCGAUGACACUCAUCACAACAACAACAGUUCGGACGAUGAAAACAAUGAUAAUAUGGAUCACAUUUAUUCCACGUACAAUUUUAAGCGAUCAACAUCAACAUAUCCCAUAACUCAUUAUCGAAACGCCAUUUUGAGUGCAAUCGACGAGAGUCCUUUUGUUGUAUUGGAAGGACCGACGGCAUGUGGCAAGACAACACAAGUACCUCAAUUUAUUAUUGAUGAAGCCUACAGUCGAAAGCAAUACUGUAAUAUUGUCAUUGCACAACCGAGACGAAUUGCGGCCGUAAGCAAUGCAGAGCGUGUGGCCAAAGAACGAAAUUGGCAAGUGAGCACUGUCAUUGGCUAUCAAAUUGGUUUCGAUGAAAAGAAAAAUCUCAGCAAGGACACACGCAUAUUAUUUUGCACGACCGGCAUUUUACUGGAAAAAUUGAUACGCGCAAAAAAUUUUCAUAACUAUACGCACAUCAUUUUGGAUGAAGUGCAUGAACGAAACAAAGACAUGGACUUUCUGUUUGUCAUAUUGAAAAAGUUAUUUGUGAACGCAGUACCAAAACCAAAAGUUAAAAUUAUUAUUAUGUCAGCCACGAUUGAAGCGAGUCGAUUUUCCGAAUAUUUUACAUUUCCAAAACGUGGCUUCAUGUCUCCGGCACCUAUAAUAAGCAUUGAUCAAAAAUCGAAAUAUCAAAUCAGAGAAUUCUAUCUGGAAGAAUUCUACAAAGUUGCACCAAAAUUCGAUUACGCAAACAUGGAUAAGACACAGCCCAUCAUUUCGUCUGAUUUGUACAAAAUUGCUUUGUAUUUAAUCAAUCAUUUUGAUAACAUCGAUAACAGUGAAUUGGAUGCCGAUGAUGACCAAAACAAUGAACGGCCAACAGUUUUGAUAUUUUUACCUGGUAUUCAUGAAAUCGCACAAAUGGACACUGUUUUGAGAGACCAUUGGAACGGCGUGAACAUGAAGCGAACACGAAUUGAAACCAUUGUUCUUCAUUCGAUGUCAGAUUCGAAUCAAAGAAGUUUAGCCUUUCGCAAGGCGGCAUCGAAUACACGCAAAGUAAUUUUGGCAACAAAUAUCGCUGAAAGUUCGAUAACUGUACCAGAUGUAAAAUACGUGCUGGACUUUUGCCGAACACGAGUACUGAUGACCGAUACAGAAACAAACUUUUCAGCAUUACAACUGACUUGGGCGGCACGUAGCAGUUGUAAACAACGUGCUGGCCGAACUGGUCGUGUCAUGAAUGGCAGAUGCUAUCGAUUUGUUGAAAAACAAUUCUAUUAUAGUACGAUGAAAGAAAAUGGUAUUCCCGAAUUGGUGAGCAGCCCAUUGGAAAAUGUGAUAUUGAAAGCGAAACUGUUGAAUAUGGGUCCGCCGGCAUCGAUUCUGGCAUUAGCUUUAGAUCGUCCGCAAUUAAAUGAUAUUGCCAAUACGAUAUUGGUGUUGAAGGAAAUCGGUGCCUUAUUGAAAACGGUCAACGGAACAGUCGAAAAUAUGGAUGGUGAUAUUUCAUUCAUUGGCCGAAUUAUGGCUAAUUUGCCGAUUGAUGUGAAAAUAGCAAAAUUUAUUAUUCUUGGCUAUUGCUUCAGUAUGCUCGACGAAUGUAUUAUCAUAGGUGCGGCAUUAAAUUCAAGAAGCAUUUUUCGAAAUAGUUUCGACGUAAAGGAUAACAUGAGAUUAUAUUCGGAGCAACUUCGUUGGGCCAAUUCGUCGGGCAGUGAUCUAAUUGCAUUGUUGCAUGCCUAUCAUUCAUGGUCACAUGCACACAAUAACGGUAUUUUUGGUGAAAAAACAACGCGUACAGGACGUGAAAAUAUGAAACGGGCCGAACGUGCUUGGGCUGAGAAAUUCUGUCUUGACAUCGAUGCAUUGCACGAAUGCCAUGUACAAGUGAACGAAAUAAGAAUGCGAUUGGAUGGUUUGAACAUUAAAUCGGGCGUUGGUUCAAAUUAUGUUCAAUGGAAUGAUAAUGAAAGAGCAAUCAUUUUAAAAGUGGUCAUUGCUGGCGGUUUUUAUCCAAAUUAUUUUGCACGCAACUCACGCAACAUCGAUGAUUAUGCGGACAAUGCAUUUCGUUGCAUUGGAACACGUGAUCCGAGAAAUACCGUUUAUUUUACAGGCUUCGAUAGACAGCAUAUUCGAUGUUUGUACACAAAAUCGAUCAAAAAAAAUUUCAUCGAAAAUGGCAUUGUACCAAAUGAAAAGUUUAUCCAAGUGAAUUUUGAUAUCGGAUCGAAUAAAACAUUUGUCACAUUUCGAAAUGAUGAAGACGAUCAUAUCUAUGAAAAUGGCAACGAAUUAAUGCCCGGCAAACUUGUGACCGAAGUAUAUAAAGCAAUUAAAAUGAAAGAAUUACAUAUUCAAUCGACAAUUUCGACGAUGAAGUCAUUCACAGAUGAAAUGGAUUAUGUAAGAGAAAAUGGCAUUCCUAUUACACCAGAUGGACAUUUUCUCACAACAUCAAAUGGCAUAGACCUUGACACAUUUGCCGAAGAAUUUUGUUUUCCAAGACUAUUGGAUGUUGCGAUGAUUGGUUUUAUUACACAUAUUGAAUCGUGUAAUCGAUUUUGGUUCCAGACAGAAGAGGAAUUCAACAGAGUUUUGAAAUUCGAAACAUAUGUGCAACAUAAUCGCCAUAAAGUUAUUCAGCGAAUACCGUGUGAUGGGAAAUCAUUUUUUGGAAAUGACAUGGUUAUUGUUUCAGUAGACGGUUGCAAAGGUACUUCAUACCAUCGUGCAAACAUUAUGCUAGCCAAUGACGUGGCCAAUGUGUGUCGGGUUCGUAUGAUUGACACGGGUAAAAUUCUGGAAUGCAAAAUGGAUUGCGUAUACAAGUAUUGUGGCGAUCAAAGAGAAUUUAUAGACCUUCCGCCACGUUGCUUUGAAUGUAGCUUGGCACAAAUACAACCAUCACAAAUCCGAUAUCCAAAUGGAGACUGGCCUACUGAAGCAAUCACUCUAUUCAAAUCAAAAACUGAUUCGAAGACGGUUAAAAUCGAGGUGUAUUCUGUGGCUAAUGGAAAAGCAAAUGUGUUUGUUUUCAUAAAUGCCGAAGAACAGCUCAACGACAUAUUGAUUCAACAGCAAUAUGGUGAAUUCGUGGAAGAAGAUUACAUUUCGAGUUACAAUCAUGUAUUACGAAAAACCCAAUUGGAUCGUCAAAUGUCAAGUGAAAAAAAUGUAUGCAAUUACAUUGAUCCAAUGUGCCAAGAAUAUAUCAAAGAAGAAAAUAUUAUUGAAAUUGAUCCGCCACCACAUCAUAUGUGUAAAAAACGACAAAAACUCAAGGGACCAUUCAGUACAUUGUCAAUUGAACCGUCUGGUUUAACCGAAUCAACUCGAAAUUCCAAAAUUUCAAUUGACAAAUAUUCGAUUAAUUCAGUGAUGUUGGAGAAUGAUCCACAGGAUAUGACCGAAAAAUAUAUGGUGGCAGCUACAAUUUGUUAUACCGAUUCAAAUAAAAAAAAUUUAAACAUUCGUUACACAACACAAAUGCCGAACAUUCGCGGUUUUGGUCCAUUGAUGGCAUUGAUUUUCUGUCCAACAAUGCAUGUCAAGUGCAAUAACGAGAAAACACACUACACUGCACUCCGAACUGGUUUAGGUUACGAUAGCCACAAUAAUCGAUCAUUAUUCCAAGAGCACGAUAUGGUUUUCAAUUUAAAUGUUGAAAUCACACAACAUGACAUCGAAUUGGUGAAUCAAAUUCGAUAUUGUUUGGACACAUUGUUGUUGACUUAUCCUGGACAAGAUGAAACCAAUAAAUUGAAUGAAUCGACGAAACGUGAAAUUUUGAUGAAAAUCAAAACUGUCAUUGUUGAAUUAUUGGAACGACCACGUAAAAACAUUACCACCGAAACUGAGGAUUUCCAAUGGGACGCGAACUUCUCAAAAUCACCCGAUUUUGUUAAAUCACAUGCGAACGAUAUUUACGGAUAUCGGGCAAUUUAUCCAAUGCAUAAUGCACUUAGAACACGCAGUAAUUACGAUACCGAUCUUGAUUUUAAACGCAUUCAUUGCAAACAACUGCACGAUUUAACGAAAUUUGUGAUCAAUUUGCCCAGAAUUGUGUUGUGUCGACUUUGUAGUGCGAAAUUGGAGAACAUUGCCGCCCUAAAAUUGCACCUAGUAUCACGGCUACACAUUGAAAACGAAAAACGAAUCGAUUUCCAAAACAAUUAGUUUGGCGUGAAAAAAAAAUCGAAUUUUUCCACUGAAACCUAUUGAAGUCACAGCAAUUUAUUAAUUAAACGAUAUUUUCUAUAAAAUAAAAAAAAAUGUGAUAAAAACAUGUUGAAUAAAUGCCAUAGGAAUUAAA